GGGCGUGGUCGCCUCCGCCUGGCCAGACGGGGACGCCUUACCAAACGCGCCCUCCACUGCCCCGCCUGAGACCUGGGGCCGGGGGCCGCGCGCUGCCCGGGACGCGCCCCCGAACUCGCUCGCCGCGGGCAGGGCGCGUGCCCGGGCGCUGGAGCGGCGCUGCCCCGGCCGCGGGCUCGAGUUGAGCCGGCGCCGAGCGGGGCCUCGGAGGCUCUGCCCAUCCCUGCGCGGCCUGGGCUCUGCCCAGCCGGUGCCCAGCCGCCCUAGGCCGGCGGGUAACCGCCCCCGCCGUGCGAAGGGAGGGACCGGAGAGCGGAGGAGGCCGAACCCCGCGGGGGAUGGAGCACCGCCGAGUCCCGGUGGCCCUGUCCCCAGUGGGGGUAAAGGAGGCGCAGUUGGAGGGGCGACAGGAGGCGCGCCGGAGGUGGCACAGGCCACGGCGGCGGCGGCGGCGGCACGGCCGCGGCCCCUUUAAGGCUGGCCCCGCCCGCCGGCGGUGCCGGCCUCCGCCCGCCGCUGUCCCCGCCCCCGCGGCCCGGCGGGAGCUGCGAUUGGCCGGGCGCGGCGAUGCCUUUGAAGUGUGGCUGCCCAUCGCGGCUAUUUGACGUGCGGCCCCCGGCAGGCGCAGGGUUUUGUGUUGCUCGCCCGGGCCAGCGGCGGCGGCGGGUGGAGGCGCAGCCACUGCUGCACCGCGCUCGGCGCUGCGGAGCGAGCCCACCCGCCCCGGGAGCUCGCCUCCCCAGUGCUCCCCGCCCUCCCGCCCCCCCAGCGGCGCUGCCUCCUCCAAAUGAGCGAUUCGCCCGCUGGAUCUAACCCAAGGACACCCGAGAGCAGCGGCAGCGGCAGCGGCGGCGGCGGGAAGAGGCCGGCGGUGUCCCUCCUGCCCCCGGCGGACCCCCUGCGCCAGGCGAACCGGCUCCCGAUCAGGGUCCUGAAGAUGCUGAGCGCGCACACCGGCCACCUCCUGCACCCGGAGUACCUGCAGCCGCUGUCCUCCACUCCCGUCAGCCCCAUCGAGCUGGACGCCAAGAAGAGUCCCCUGGCGUUGUUGGCCCAGACUUGCUCGCAGAUCGGCAAGCCGGACCCGCCGCCCUCGUCCAAGCUCAACGCGGUGGCGGCGGCGGCCAACGGGCUGGGCGCCGAGAAGGAACCCGGCCGCGCGGCGGCGGGCGUCAAGCCGCCGGGGGACGCCCCGGCCGAGGACAAGUCCAGCUUCAAGCCCUACUCCAAGGGCUCGGGGGGCGGCGAUCCCCGCAAGGACAGCGGCCCGCCGUCCGCGCCGUCCGCGCCGUCGUCGGCCGCGUCCCCGGGGGACAAGGCGGGCUUCCGCGUGCCCGGCGCCGCCUGCGCGCCCUUCGCCCCGCACGCCGCGCCGGGCUCCGCGUCCUCGGCCGCGUCCUCGCCGGGCGGCUCCCGCGGCGGCUCCCCGCACCACCCGGACUGCAAGGGCGGCGGCGGCGAGCUGGACAAGAAGGACCCCGAGCCCAAGGCCAGCCCCGAGCCGGCGGCCGCGAGCCGCGGGGGAGCCGCCGAGCCGGGCACGCACGGCGGCGGCGGCGGCGGGCCCGAGCCCGGGGCGUCCGGGCGCAAGUCGGAGCCGCCGGCCGCGCUGGUGGGGGCCGGCCACGUGGCGCCCGUGUCCCCCUACAAGCCGGGCCACUCGGUGUUCCCGCUGCCGCCCUCCAGCAUCGGCUACCACGGCUCCAUCGUGGGCGCCUACGCCGGCUACCCGUCGCAGUUCGUGCCUGGUCUGGACCCUAGCAAGUCGGGCCUCGUGGGAAGCCAGCUGUCCGGGGGCCUGGGCCUGCCGCCCGGCAAGCCCCCCAGCUCCAGCCCGCUCACCGGGGCGUCCCCGCCCUCCUUCCUGCAGGGAUUGUGCCGCGACCCCUACUGCCUGGGAGGCUACCACAGCGCCUCGCACCUCAGCGGCUCGGGCUGCUCCACCUGCAGCGCGCACGACCCCGCGGGGCCCGGCCUGAAGACGGGCGGCUACCCGCUGGUGUACCCCGCGCACCCGCUGCAGCCCGCCGCGCUCUCGUCCAGCGCCGCGCAGGCCGCGCUGCCCGGCCACCCGCUCUACACCUACGGCUUCAUGCUGCAGAACGAGCCGCUGCCGCACAGCUGCAACUGGGUGGCGGCCAGCGGCCCGUGCGACAAGCGCUUCGCCACCUCCGAGGAGCUGCUCAGCCACCUCCGGACUCACACCGCCCUGCCGGGCGCUGAGAAACUCCUGGCCGCCUACCCGGGGGCGUCCGGCCUGGGCAGCGCCGCCGCUGCCGCCGCCGCCGCCGCCUCCUGCCACCUGCAUCUCCCCCCGCCCGCGGCCCCGGGCAGCCCCGGCUCGCUGUCCUUGCGGAGUCCACACACUUUGGGGCUGAGCCGGUACCACCCCUACGGCAAGAGCCACUUGUCCACAGCGGGGGGCCUGGCGGUGCCCUCCCUGCCCACAGCCGGACCCUACUACUCGCCAUACGCGCUGUACGGACAGAGACUAGCGUCAGCCUCGGCCCUGGGAUACCAGUAACCACCGCCCGCCGCUCGGCCUGCCUCGCCGCUGCCACCUCCACGACUGCUUGUCCCCGCCCGCCCGCCCCUCCCCACCGGACUGUGUAUUUAUUUACUAUAAUGUUAGCUUACAAGCUGGGAAUAUAAGUGCAUUAACGGCCCACACAAGUCAAUGGUAUGCAAAAAGUCCGUGUUCCCGCCCCCCCCAGUAAUAAUAUUAAUCGCACCGAUAACUCCAUGUCCCACACCCCUCUUCCUUUAUGUUAAUUUUUUCCCCUUAGAUUUUAAGUUUUGCAUUUUUUUCUCUUUGUGUUUGUUUUUCCCCUCGGAUUGGCUUGGUUUCCAGGGAGGAGGGGGAGUUGGGUCCCAGGGUUCUUCUGCCGGUUUUGUUUGCUCAUCCGGGGAGUUUCUUGCAUGCUGCCUAAUGGUUAAAGCUACAUUCGCCUCUUCUCUUUGGCCUCUUUCCCCUCAUUCCAUUUGAGGUUCUGUUUUUUUGGGGGGGUUGUUUUCUUUACUCCAGCAUCUGGGAGGACGUUUUCACGUCCUUGGUGGCAGGGGGCUUGUGCUGUGCUCUGUGGCUCCAUGACCCUGCAGCCUUCUCCUCCUGGGGUCUUUGAUGUGCAACCUGGCCCCCAAGCCCCAGCCUUGCACCCCUACCUUGCUCUGAGCACGAGAGUCCUGUCCCCAUGAGCAGCCACCCCCAGAGAGGCCCCCGUGGCCUCCCGCUGAGCCUUCCUGCUCCCCCUCCCCGUCCCUCCCACUGGGGGGGUGGUGGCGGGUAUAGGGUGCCUCGGGACUCCUCCGAUCCCACUGAAGUCCUCAGAGGUCCGUCUGACAUGAAACUUUGCUCUUUGUAUUUUGCAAAGUGCUUUUUCUAGUGGUUUUCCUCUCCCUGGGCUGGUGAUCUCUCCUGGUGGUGGGCAGGCAGUGUUUCCUCCAGCUGGGCAGCAGGGGACAGCCUGGUCAGGCCCCCGCAGAAUGCUGGGGGGUCUUGGAGCACAGAGCUGUCAGCAGCCCCCUCCCAGACCUGACGGGGCCCGGGGAGGCGGGGUGGGAGAGUCUGGGCCCGGUUUUCUCCCUACACCUUCUCUUCCUCCUGUUCUUGAGUGGCAGUGGGGGGCACUGCGGGUCCUGUUUGGGGUGAACAGAGCGCUCCCUUGGUAAGACUUAUUUUGUUAAUAAAUGGAAUACUUGGCUAUAUUCA